UAUAAUGUGUUUGCGAAGAGUGAAAUCAGCAAACGUAGCUGUCUUAAAAUGGUGGAUGUAGUUUUUUGAAGCUUCUCUCAUGGUCCGUAAACACUACUACAGGAAGUCGCCGAGAACUACAUUUCCCUUCCUGCCUCACUUCCUCUCUGGCACGGCUGUGUGGCUAAUUGGCCAUUUUCUCUGCUUUGUCCAAACGGAGAGAAAGUCAAUAUAUGGACAGUUCCUUGAAGAGUUAAAAAUGCCACGAAGAAUCAGCCCACUGCAAGACGCCAUGCAUCAUGUGAUCACAAAGACUGACAAGACGUCAAAGCUAGAGGUGAAGUACAUCAAUCCCUUGAAAGGACGUGGUGUCUUCUCCUUAGCUCAAUUUUCCAAGAGUGAUUUUGUGGUUGAGUACAGGGGGGAUAGGAUUGAUUUUAGUGAAGCUCAACGAAGAAGAAAAAUCUACCACCGUCUUUGUACUGUGUUCAUGUUUGACUUCAAAUGGAAGGGGAAAAUGUGGUGUAUUGAUUCUGCCAAAGAAGAUGGAUCAUUUGGGAGGUUGGUUAACGAUGACCACAAGCACCCAAAUUGCAGAAUGAAGAUGAUUGAAGUAGAUGGAAGGCCACAUCUCUGCCUGUUUGCCAUAGAAGACAUAAAACAGGGAGAUGAAAUCACCUAUGAUUAUGGAGGAAAUGACUGGCCAUGGCGAAAGAAGGUUAGGGACGACACAGUUUCCAAGAGUAACGCCAAAGAGAGUCAGCCACCAUCCCUGUCGGAACCUGUUCUAUCUGUUCUAUGUUCCUCAGCAAGUGAUCAGGUUAGGGAGGACACAGUUUCCAAGAGUAACACCAAAGAGAGACAGCCACCAUCCCUGUCAGAACCUGUUCUAUCUACUUGUUCCUCAGCAAGUGAUCAGGUUAGGCAGGACACAGUUUCCAAGAGUAACACCAAAGAGAGACUGCCACCAUCCCUGACAGAACCUGUUCUAUCUACUUGUUCCUCAGCAAGUGAUCAGGUUAGGGAGGACACAGUUUCCAAGAGUAACACCAAAGAGAGACAGCCACCAUCCCUGUCAGAACCUGUUCUAUCUACUUGUUCCUCAGCAAGUGAUCAGGUUAGGGAGGACACAGUUUCCAAGAGUAACACCAAAGAGAGACUGCCACCAUCCCUGACAGAACCUGUUCUAUCUACUUGUUCCUCAGCAAGUGAUCAGGUAAGCCUCUUUCGGUCAUUCACAAGUGUUCCUUAGAUCUGAAAAUAGCCAACUUUGAAUUUUGUAGUUUUGCAAUAUAUAGAAUUAGAAAAUUAAAGUGGAAAAGUAUAUUUUGAUCAAGGUUUGAAGUUCCAAAACAUUAUAUCUUGUCUGUUAUGUUUGUUGUAUUUGAUGACCUCACGGAGUCCCCACGAUGCAGGUUUUGGUCAAAUGAGUGUGAAUGAGAUAGAUGCUGGGAAAAUACUCUCAGCUAGGACAGUGUCCCCACAAGUCACAUGGUCACAAAAUGUGUUAAGCGUCCUCACAAAGAAUGUUUAGGCCUUUGUGUGUGUAAGCACUUUGACUGAGGGUUGUAAGCAGUGAGGAAACACUACAUUUGCAUAUCUCAGGGCAUGUUAGAGUUUUGAAAAGUUGUAACGGUUGUCUUCUGCAUUAUCUUUGGUCUAAUAUAAUAGAAGUGUCACGUAUAUAGGAAAUCCCACUUUGAAUUGCUUAAUUAAUUUGCCAAUGUACCAUAUUUGAACAGGUUAGGCAGGACACAAUUUCCAAGAGUAACACCAAAGAGAGACAGCCCCCAUCCCUGUCAGAACCUGUUCUAUCUACUUGUUCCUCAGCAAGUGAUCAGGUAAGCCUCUUUCGGUCAUUCACAAGUGUUGCUUAGUAUUUGACGACCUCACGGAGUCCCCACGAUGCAGGUUUUUGGUCAAAUGAGUGUGAAUGAGAUAGAAAAUCAAAGGGGAAAAGUAUAUCUUGAGCAGUGACAGUCACACGGUCACAAAAUGUGUUGUGUCCUUACAAAGUAUGUUUGACCUUGAAUUCAUUUUUUUUUGUAGUUUUUGUAUUCACUGUAAUUUAAUUGAACUAUUGAUGUACCUGAUUGACAUAAGCUUGUCACAGUUAUUACAUAAUCACUUAAUUGAAUUUAUUAGACAUGAUUACAAUUAUAUAACUUGUUAGAUUUCACAGUCAUUAUGCUGCAACAAGCAGAAUUUGAACUGGGUACAUUGUGGUGAGGAAAUAAAUGCUCUUCAUGAAAUUAUGAGGCUUAUGAAAACAAAGUUAUGACUUAGAGUCAGUAAUGUUUGUUUUUGUUAACUAUGUAGCUAGUUCUGUUUUUAGCAUGUGUGCUGGCAAAAUUAGUGGGUUUUUUUGCUCAUAUUUUGUCCUUUUGUGGAAAAACUCUACUCAUAAUUCUGUUCUUAACUUAUUAAUCUGUAGACAGUUGUGAGUAUGUGUAUGUGUACACAACAGUAGUUUAUCGUUUAGCUACUAAGAAAACAUAGCUAACAAGCAAGAUGGUUAAUCAGCUAAUUCAGCUACUUUUGGCUUGCAUACAGUGAACAAUUAAAUCAUUAAUCACAAUUAUUUGUAUGACAAAUACUCAUCAGCUAAAAUUCUGUGAUCAUGACAGGCCAAGAUUGACCACCUACUUUCUGAAAAUCUGUUUAAAGUCUGGAGCUGAAGCCUUUUGCUUGUUCUCAUUCUUGUCUAAAGGAUAAUAUUCUUAAAGGGGUUGUUCAAUUGCAUAGCAUCUCUUCACUUGUGUACCAACUCUUGUGAUUUGUACAAUUGUAUCAUAUAUUUACAGAGGACUAGGAAGGACACAAUUGCAGAGAGCAGUGCUCAAGAGAACUGUCAGCCAUUGCAGUCUCGACCCGCUCUGUCUGCUUGUUCCUCAGCAAGUGAUAAGAUGAGAAAUUCCAAUCCUGAGAAGACUGCCUGGGUCACCCCUAUGUCUCGUCAGUCAGAGCCUCUGAAGGAUCACAGCAACGACAGCAGUUCUGGGCAGAGUUCUUCAUUAGAAGACACUGAUGAAGAGGAUGUGCAUGUACCUAGAUUAAGAAGGACUAGAAGUGUUAUAAUGAGAGGGUUUGUUCCUGAAGAUUCAGAUGAGCUGUUUGAUUCUACUCCAGAUAGUGGAAAGGAGUACAUCCCUAACUCUAGAGAUGAAAGGAACGAAAGUAGUUCAGAGAGUAGUACCUCCCUAAAACCAGUGAAACAGAGCCGUCUGUCUUCCACAGAUGAAGCUAUCCCCUCUAAUCUUGUCCCUCAUAGCACAUCUUCAGGUGUCAUGGGUGUUACAGAGAGAAGCAACCUUGAAGUUAUGGAUCUAAAUAAAUGGCCCAGCAAAAGUCCUCCAGUAAUAGAGAGUGAUGGAGUCUGCAGCAAUUCUGAGCUUGUGCAACAAGAAGGGGCAGUAGUAGUC